CGGGCCCGGCGGGUGAAGGAGGCGGCGGCGGGGCCGGGCCCGGGCCCCCGGAACCGGGAUCAGCGGCCAUGGAGUUCCCGUUCGACCUCGCCCCGGUGCUGGGCGACCGGUUCUGCGUGGUGGACCAGCACCUGCGGCCCGCGGGGCGGCCCGGGACCGCCCACCGAGGGGACCUGGAGCAGCAGCUGAGGACGGUCAUUGAUGAGCUGGGCAAGGCCUCAGCCAAGGCCCAGGGCCUCCCGUCCCCCGUCACCAGCGCCAGCCGCAUGGAGACCAACCGGCACGUGCUGUACAUCCUGCGGGACCCUGAGGGCCGGAGGGUCCCCAAGGGCGCUGUCAUCGGCUUCCUCAAGGUUGGGUACAAGAAGCUCUUCCUGCUGGACCGCUCUGGUGCCCACAUCGAAGCGGAGCCCCUGUGCGUGCUGGAUUUCUACAUCCAUGAAUCCCUGCAGCGCCAUGGCUACGGCCGGGAGCUCUUCCAUCACAUGCUGCAGAGCGAGCGGGUAGAGCCCUGGCGCCUGGCUGUGGAUAGACCCUCGGCGAAGCUCCUGGCCUUCCUGCACAAGCACUACGGGCUGGAGGAUGCCAUCCCACAGGUCAACAACUUCGUCAUCUUCGAAGGCUUCUUCUCCAACCGCCCCGCCCCCCCCGCCCGCCGCCCGCCCCCCAAGCGCCCCGAGGAGCAGAUCAAGCCCUAUUCCCUAUCGGAGCGCGACUUCCUGCGGGAGGAGGCGGAGCCUCCCUGGCCCUUCAACCUCAGCCCCGGUCGCACGGGGGGGUCCCCGGUGCGCGGCAGCCUCCGGCCCUUCCUGCUCCGCCGGGACCUGGAUGGAGGCUCGGACCCCGCGCCCCCCCCCCGCCGCUCCAGCUCGCUCGGGCGCGUCGGCCGCUGAGCCCCACGGCAGCUCCCCACCCCCCCACCCCCACCCCCCACGGCAGGGCCUUGGGGGGCUCGUGUCUGCUGGGGGAUGUGGGGUGCCCCAUAGCCCCUAUGGGUGCCCGUUCCUUCCCCUGCGGCUCCAGUGGGGGGGCCUGUCCUUGCCCUACGGUGUCUUCAUCCUGCCCCAUAGGUCCCUGGGGGCGCCUCUUCCUGCCCCAUAGGUGCCUGUCCCCAUGCCACAGCCCCUGCAAGUGCCCGUCCCAGCCCCACUGGGGGGGUCCCAGUUUGUGCCCCACAGCCACCACGGGUGCCUGGCCCUGCCCCACUGCCACGGUGGGUGCCUGUUUCUGCCCCAUGGAGUCCCCAUGGGUGCCCAUCCUCACCCCAUAGGUCCA